UUAUGGGGUGAUGAAAUGUUCUGUAAGUAAAUGGUGUUGGUUGCACAACUUGUGAAUAUACUUUAAACCACUAAAUUACACACUUCGAAAGGGUGAAUUUUGUGGAAGUCAGAGGCACCAGUGUGAGGCUCUAUCUGCUGUCCAGUACAUUCAUGGUUUCCUCACUCUCACUGGACAAUGUUUAACCCGGAAGAACAGAGAAUGAGAAGGAGCUGCUGGAUGGUGAUCACCCUGGAAAAGGGAGGCUGGGAGAACAGAGACAGCAGAGAAACUCACAUCCGCUGUAACCUCACAAACACCCAGGCUGAGUAAUAAGACAGUUUGAAUCACACUGGGGUGACAGACUCAUCUCUUCAGGUAAAAACAGAAAUAGGCCAUGAUUAACCAAAGCUCUCCCGUGGGCUUCAUCCUUCUGGGCUUCUAUGAACACCCAGCCCUGGAAAGGAUUCUCUUUGUGGUUGUCUUGACUUUCUACCUUUUGACCCCGGUGGGCAACACACUCAUCAUCCUGCUGUCUGUGCUGGACCCCAGGCUCCACUCUCCAAUGUACUUCUUCCUCUCCAACCUCUCCUUCUUGGAUCUCUGCUUCACCACGAGUUGUGUUCCCCAGAUGCUGGUCAACCUCUGGGGCCCAAAGAAGACCAUCAGCUUCCUGGGCUGCUCUGUCCAGCUCUUCAUCUUCCUGUCCCUGGGGACCACUGAGUGCAUCCUCCUUACAGUGAUGGCCUUUGAUCGCUACGUGGCUGUCUUCCAGCCCCUCCACUAUGCCACCAUCAUCCACCCCCGCCUGUGCUGGCAGCUGGCAUCUGUGGCGUGGGUCAUUGGGCUAGUGGAGUCACUGGUCCAGACACCAUCCACCCUGCGCCUGCCCUUCUGCCCCCAUCGGCAGGUGGAUGAUUUUGUCUGCGAGGUCCCAGCUCUAAUUCGACUCUCCUGUGGAGACACCUCCUACAACGAGAUCCAAAUGGCUGUUGCCAGUGUCUUCAUCUUAGUUGUGCCUCUCAGCCUCAUCCUUGUCUCUUAUGGAGCCAUUGCUCGGGCAGUGCUGAGGAUUAACUCUGCAAAAGGGCGGAGGAAAGCUUUCGGGACUUGCUCUUCCCACCUCACUGUGGUCACCCUCUUCUACAGCUCAGUCAUUGCUGUCUACUUCCAGCCCAAAAAUCCCUAUGCCCAAGAGAAGGGCAAGUUCUUUGUUCUCUUCUAUGCAGUGGGCACUCCUUCACUUAACCCUCUCAUAUACACCCUGAGGAACAAGGAGGUCACCAGGGCAUUGAGGAGAUUGCUAGGGAAGGAAAUAGAGCUCACACAAAGCCGAGGGAGAGCUGCUUAAUAUGCUUUAAAAGAGAAGAGAUUCUGUGUGCUUUUAUCAGAAAGUUUGAGUUCCCUGCUCCUCU